ACACCACCUGCCAUGAUGGGGACGACCCCGCUCUCAGUCCCACGCGGAUGUCAGUGCGCAAAAAUCUUCGACAAAGAGCUGCCAGGGUGCUGGCCGCUGAUCCCACCGAUGCGAGGGUGCCGAACAAGCAUCACACGAUGUUGGCCUACAACCGUAGUUGUUUGGAUAACCUGUCGCCGGACGAUCGAAGUGAAGAUUUUGAACACGACGGACAAGGGCAGCGGAGUAGUGCCCUCUUCUCGCGAGCAGGGUCUUCAACAUCGGGAUACAUCAGUACUACUUCUAAGAACAAUCAGUCAACAACUACAUCGCAGUCCCAGUUUCUCACGUCGAACAGAAAGAGCACCUUCAGU